CUUACAAAUCAAUCCACUACCUUCAAGUUCCCUUGCAUGCUUGAACAAGCUUAAGAGCAGUCUCAGACAAUAAAUCUCAGUAUCCUAAUAAUGUGAAGUGAAGUGAUACCGUGAUACCUGACAGAGUCUAUAUUCAAUUGUGUACAAAAAAAAAAAAAAUAAUAAUAAAUAAUAUAUUUUUAAAGACAAAACAAUAAACUGUGAUUUUAAAUAAACUGAUAUUAUAAUUUGUAAUAAUUUUAAAUACUUGACUAUAGUGCAAUAUGGGCUUGAUAAAAUGGAUUAAACGGGAACUGGACUCAUCGAAUUCCUGCAAAAGACGCCAAAGUGAACCACCACUUUCGGGAAAUACUACUACCGAUCAGCUACCACGUGACGAGUCAUACGUUAAAGCUUUAUCAAAAUUCAAUGAAUGGCGACGAAGACAACAAAUUGGAGGAUCAGUACGUUUGUCUCGUAAGCAAAGUAAAAAGUUAAUCGAACGAAGAGGCCAAAGCGAACAAUUUUUUGAAAAAAGAUACCCAAUAACUGAUAGUAUUGAGUCUAAAAACAAAAUAAAACCUCUUGAAAAUGGUCUAUAUGAAGAAAUUCCUGUAAAUAUCUUGAAGCAAAACCAAAACGAUUUCAAUACACCUCCAAGAAGAAAUAUUUAUGAUAAACCUCCAAGCAAUCAGUCUUUUCCAAUAAUCGAUAGUAUCAAAACAAGAAGUCAAACCAACACAUCUACGAACCAAUCCAACGAUACACAAAUCUAUGAGAAUGUUGUUAUUGAAUUAAUUGAUCAAUGCGAUGGUAUCCCAGAUACAUUGGAUAUCAUAAAGAACUUUCUUAGUCCACCUGCUAAAUUUUUCAAAGAUAACUCAAAUCCAUUUGCUAAUGUUAAAACACCAAUAAGAGAGCAUAAUCAAGAAACAGAAGAGUCUUCCCCCAACGACGAUUGGGCUUAUGAAAGCCCAAGGAAUCUUCAGAGUCUUGAUGCACUUAGAGCAAACUUUAAACAAUUUGAGGCGGAUGAUAACCGGGGACGAAAAUCUAUUUCAAGUGAUCACAGAUUAAGUAGAAAUCCUCCGUACCAAACGGUGAUUAACAAACACGGCGAAGAAGUAGAGUAUGCUUUGCCAUUAAAUGAAAAGCUUGAAGAAGAAUUGGAAGAAAAACUUCUUAAAAGUGAGUCGAGAAUUGUAGCACUGAAUAAUACUUCAACCUAUCAACAAUACGUUGAGGAUAACUUUCAAUUUCUUAAUGAGAAUGAUCGACUUGGACUGUCUCGUGUUUCGGGGUCUUUUUCGAAUAAUCAAUUUCAUAGUGGAAACGUGCUUAUCACGGAUUUGGAUGGUACAAGUGUGGGAACAAAAGCAGCUGAUGAUCAAAAAAUUUUAAGAGAACACAAUUUAGUUCAUGAAUUGGAGAAUUUAGAUAUUUGGAGUCGAAAUAUAAGCAAUAAUAUUGAAAGAAGUAUUGUUAAAAAGAUAUCAUCCGAUAUGCAUUUCGAAGAAAUAAUAGUAUGCAACUCAAAUGAGGUCUCCGAAAAGAGUCCUCGCCAAGUGUUUGAGACCUUAAACGGAACUCUUCAUUCGGGAACAUUUCACUGUGUGCCCGUUACACAAUUUAAACCAAAAGCUUGUGUUUUUGCCAAUAGUACUCUUCAAUUAAAUUAUGAAGUUUUUCGUAAAAUUCGUCAUCCAGAUAUUGCUUUAUUGAUGGGUAUAACAGUGGACAAUAAGUGUGAUUUGGAUUCUUUAAUAUUGGAGCCUUUAGAUUAUUCUUUACAUCAUUUCAUUCAUCAAGAGGGAGGAUGUAUUCCAAUCUCAAUUUGUCUGCUUUACACCCUUCAAAUUACGAGUGCGGUAACCUAUCUACACAAACAUGGAUUGAUACAUUCGAAUAUUUCUACACACAGUGUAGUAAUGUGCCACUUGUCAAAGGCAGUUAAACUAACAUCGUUUGAAUUAACAACAACCACAAAUCAAGAAUUGAGGGAUGAACUUAUGGAAUUCUUUCAAAAUGAUAAAUAUGAAAACGAGUUCGCUACAAAUAUAAGCCAACUUCCACCUAAAUUACGCCCUUACAACAUAGAAUACCGAAAAAUGUUUUCAAAACAUAAUCAUCAAGCUCCCGAACUACUUUCCAACCGUACUGGGUUUGUGUUCCCAUUGAUACAAAGCGAUAUUUAUGGCAUUUGCUUGAUGCUCUGGGAAAUGCUUAAUUGUUCUAUUCCCUUCGCAGACUUUGAUUACGAUGAAAUGGCAAAGUUAAUUUACUUGCAAAAUGCCCAGCUUCCAAUGCUUAGAGAAAAUCGUCAAAAAUCAUUUGAUAAUGUACUAAAGUUGGGUUUGAAUAUGUUGGCCGAAAAAAGAAUUUCAGAUACAACUGAACUGACUGAAGCUCUUAGCGAAGUAUCACUUGAUUCGAAUGACAAAAUAGAUACAUCAUUUGAGGGUGAAAAAAUGAUUUCAAAGAAACACCCUUCAGAAGGAAUUUCAAGUUUAUUAUACAACAAAGGUUUCGGUCCAAUGAUCAGUGAACGAACAAGUACAAUUAAAAAACGAAAACAUAUCUUCAAAGAAGAUCGUUUGUCAGCUAGACAAUUAUUUGUCUAUUCACAAAUGAACAAAUCAAACGAACCAUCUGAAAUGUUGGUUCCUUCGCAAACAUCUUCUCCCAAUAGUCCUCAAUAUGGAUUCGAAAUUGGAGAAGUUUCUAUCCCCGAAACACCGAUUGCUCGAAGUAAUAAACUUCGAAAAACUGCAUGGUUAUCUAAUCAAUCCAUUUCACCGAUAGUUCAUUUGGAAAUAAAAUCAAACGAUGAUGAUGCAGCAAUCAAUCAGAUUGAAAUUGUAGAGAAAAAUAAAUACAAUGCAUUAAAAUCUGAAGACCCGUCAUCGAAUAAACUCUACAAUGUGAAUAUUCGAAUUCGGCCAAAUUCGAAAAAGAACAAAACACCAACAAAGAAAGAAGAUGAUUUGGCCCAGUCAGCUAUCGAAAAUAAUUCCAUCGAACAGGGACAGAAAAAUGUCUCCCAAAUAUCGGAUUACAUUAAAUUCUUUAAUCUUGUUUCGAAACAAAAUCCUAAGCCAGUAGUUCAUUCGCCAGCUAAAACUCAGUCACCGGUCGAGAACCUAGUGAAUUACAAUACAUCUGCAUCGAAACCAACACAGACUACAGAAAAAUUGUCAAAUCCAAAAUCUGAGCCAACUCCAGUUGAUCAAAAUAGCAUCAAUGAAUUCUUCUCAAGAAGUCAUGUGUCAUCGGAUUUCGAAAAUUCGUUAUGGCGACGAGAAAAACAAAAAUGCGACCAAGUUGUAAAAAAUCAGAGACGUAUAUCGGUGAAAGAUGCAGUUAAUAAAUUCGAAUCGUUUUCUAAAUCCAUAGUCAGUGAGUCAAGCUCACCAAAACUGAAGAAAAACAUUCAAUCAGGUUAUUCAAGCUCUGAUGAUAAAAAGAAAAUAAAUUCGAAUUUCGAAAAUUCGAAAAAUUCCGAUGAUUGUGAAAGAAAUAUUUCCAAAAUGAACGUAGUUUUGCAAAAUAAAAAUGAAAGUAUGAAAGCCAAUGAGGAAAAACUAGAAGAUCAAAUUUCAAAGCGCAAAACUGAUUCCGAAAGUACAUCUGAGCCUCUCGAACAUCCACCAAAUCAAAGUCCAAUGUUAACAUUGAAUUUCAAAAAGUUGGAUAGACGAGCAUCCGAUCUUGGAAGUUAUUACAUACGUCAAACACCAACGACAAGAGCACUAACGGCAAGGCAUUCCAUUUAUGGAUCGGAAAUAUUUAAGCGUCUUCGAAAACCAAAGAUAUCACCUGGAGUUGAAAAUGAAGAUAUUUCAGAGAAGAAAACAAAUAAGGCGGCAUUAUUAAAUACACCCUUCUUUCAGGACAAGAAUAAAGACUUUAAAAUUAAAGUUGGUAAAUUAACGUGUUUGAACUGCGGUCAUAAAUUAUUUGUUGUUGAUGACAUCGUUCACUCGAACACUGGUGAGGAUAUACAUAAUGAAACGUUUUCAGAACUGUUACUUACACCUUUGAAAAGGAAUUUUGGAUUGCAGCAAGUAUCCAAAUCCACCGAAGACUUUUACAUUGAUGAUGAUUUCUGUGAGGACAUAGAACUUUGUGCAAAUAUGGAACUUGGCACCCAAACUCAUCUUUCAGACUUUGAUUUUGAUAUUUUCUCAGCUGAAAUUUUUAAUGCAUCAGAAGAAGAAAAAACCAAUCAAAUUACGUAGGAAUACAAAGAUAGAAGUUUUUUUUUUCAUUUAUAUUUAAGCUUUUCUAAAAUAAUGUACAAAAUGU